UCUAAGUAAAAAAGCUAUUUGAGACAUCCAGGAGCUGCCAGAGAGAGGGCUCCAAGUGUAAAAUGCACUGCGUGUGACAAGCUAAUGAGUCACCCUGAUCAUAUAGAAACAACAGGGAGACAGCUGCUUGGAGCCAUUCUAUUCCUUGUGACUUGCUACUGUCUCUGACACUACAAGUGUAGGAUGUACUGGUGUGUAGGAGCUGAUGCAUGUGCUGGGAGCCGAGACGGCAGUAUGGAUUCUCACAGUGGCUCCACGGUUAUGGGAAACAAACAGGCCAUUCCUGCGGAGCUAUCUGUGAAUGAGAACCCCGUAAUAGCUGACAUCCAGGCUGCCUAUAGUCAGGGGGAGGGAGAGAGGGCACAUAAUCUGGUGAAGACUGCUUGUGAGGAGAACAUUCAGAAACAUGAAAAGUACCAGCUGUUGAGUAUUACAUCUGCAUAUGGAGAUCUGCCGUCAGUGCGGUAUCUCCUUCAGGAAGCUCAAGUGAUUUUACCUACUGAACCAAGCGAUGAUAAUCCCGCUGUAAUGGCAGCUUCUUAUGGCCAUGGAGAGACUGUAACUUUGCUACUGGAUUCUCUGCCAGAUCCCUCAAGUCACAAGUCACUCUUGAACUGGAUGCUCGUUACUUCCUGUGAGCAGGGUCAUCUGAGUUUGGUCAAGCUCCUUGUGCUGACAUAUAAUGCUGAUGCAGACUGCUUUGCAGUACGAAACAAUGAAUUUCCAGUUCUCAAAAAGCUGCCCCUUUAUGCUGCUGUCAUGGCAGGACAUAAAGAUAUUGCUGAGUUCUUGCUUCAAAGAGGAGUUGGAUUUUGUUCUUAUAUUCUGAUGGACAACCCACAGCUAACUAAGGUGCUUCUGAAAAAUCGUGUGAAAGAGACAACAGAACGAAGGCAAUCAUCAUCCCCAGACCAGAGCGUUUGCGUGAGGUGGGCUAGCCUCCGGUUGCCUUGGGUUGAUCUAGACUGGUUCAUUGAUAUUUCCUGUCAGAUAAAAGAGCUGGAUAUCUCCUCUAACUGUCUUGCCUCACUUCCAUCCGUGGUUCCCUGGGGGCUCCUAAACUUGCAGAAACUAAACCUGAGCGACAACCAGCUGUGUGAGCUGCCAAGUGUGCAAAGCUCCGAAGAAAUUAUAUGCUCCAGGUUGCUAGAAGUUGAUGUCUCUGGUAAUAAGCUGACCUGUCUCCCCACCGGAUUUCUCCAUUUGAGAACACUUGAGAGAAUUUGUGCAUCCAAAAACUACAUUGUCAGUCUGUUUAAAGAAGAUGGGAUCAACUGGAUUGGUUUGCGGAGGCUACAGGAUCUGGAUGUGUCUGAUAACAGGAUUUCUGAUCUUCCCACCAGCCUUUUUCACUGCUUCAAAGCCCUGCGGAGUCUGAAUGUCUCUGGAAAUAGAUUGAAACAGUUCCCGGAUCCCUGGGCCUGUCCCCUGAAAUGUUGCAAGGCUUCAAAAAAUGCCAUUGAAAUUCUACCAGAGAACCUAAAUGUUUUUUGGAGGAAUCAUCUACUGGAAGUGGAUUUCUCGGACAAUGCCCUUAAGGAUGUCCCUAAGUCUGUGUUCCAGCUGGAGGUUUUACAGUGCUUGAAGCUUUCGGGGAAUCAGCUGACUAUGCUGCCUUCUGGUGACUCCUGGACCUGCAAACACCUAAAGUGUCUGGACGUCUCCAAGAACCAGCUUGGAAGAAAUGAGGAAGGAGCCCGAACCAGACGAAUGCCAUUUUUCUCCACUAAGAAUAAAACAAAGAUGGUCAAUGAUUCUGGGCCAUCUCUGGAAUUUCCCUUAUUUUUGAAAGACACUAUGGAAGUUCUGUACCUAAAUGACAACCAGCUUGAAUGUGUACCACAGUCUGUGUGUGGGCUUAAGACUCUAACUGAGCUCUACUUGGGGAAUAACCCUGGCAUACGGGAGCUCCCUCCAGAACUGGGCCAGCUGUCAGCUUUGUGGCAAUUGGACUUAGAAGAUCUCAACAUCACAAACCUGCCAGCAGAAAUCAGGAAGGAGGGACCAGUAACGGUACUGGCUUAUCUUCGUGCUCAGCUGCGGAAAGCAGAGAGGUGUCGUCUGGUGAAGAUGAUCAUUGUGGGUCCUCCUCGGCAGGGGAAGUCAACUCUGUUUGAGGUUCUGCAGACAGGGAAAGCGUCUCAGCAAAUCCAUGGAGAGAGUACAAUCCAUACUACUCGAUGGGAGCUGCAGAAACCCCUGGGGGCAAGAGCCAAGGUCGAUUCUGUGCAAUUCAGUGUGUGGGAUAUUGGAGGUUCCUCUGCCAUGUGCACAGUAAACCAGUGCUUCUUCACAGACAAGGCCCUUUAUGUGGUGGUGUGGAACCUUGCACUAGGGGAAGAGGCUGUUGCCAACCUCCAAUUCUGGCUGCUAAACAUUGAGGCCAAAGCUCCUAAUGCUGUGGUCCUUGUAGUGGGGACGCAUCUUGAUUUCAUUGAGACCAAGUUCCGGUUGGAGAGAAUUGCAACCCUUCGUGCCUAUGUGCUGGCGUUGUGCCGCUCGCCAUCUGGAUCCCGGGCUACAGGUUUUCCAGACAUCACAAUCAAAAACCUACAUGAGCUCUCUUGCAAAACUCUGGAGGGGUUGGAUGGUCUGCGCCAACUUAUUUUUAAUGCUGCUUGCAAUAUGAAGGAUGUGGGAAGUACAAUUGGGUCCCAGAAACUAGUUGGGAGACUGAUUCCCCGAUGUUAUUUGAACCUGCAGGAGGCGGUGCUAGCCGAGCAAAAGAGGCGGAGCCAAGAGGACCAUGUCCAAUAUCUGACAGAUGAGAGGAUAGCACAGAUAAUUGAACAGAACCCAGGAAAUGAUAUUCAAGAUUAUGAGGAUAUGCAGGCUGCUAUCGGGUUCUUGAUUGAGACGGGUACUUUGCUUCACUUCCCGGACACUAGUCACGGUCUUAGGAACCUCUACUUUUUGGAUCCGGUCUGGUUAUCAGAGUGUUUAGAGAGAAUUAUCAACAUUAAGAGUUCCAAGUCUGUAGCUCGAAAUGGGGUUAUCAAGACAGAGGAUCUCCGAAUGCUUCUGGUUGGCACUGGAUUCACCAAGGAGACAGAGGAGCAGUACUUCCAGUUCCUGGCAAAGUUUGAGAUUGCUCUGCCUGUUGCUAAUAACAGUUACCUUUUACCACAUCUCCUACCAGCCAAACCAGGGCUAGACAUCCAUUGCUUGCGCCAAUUUACUGGCAACACAAUCCAGAGAGUUUUUAAGAUGAGCUUUGUUCCUGUUGGAUUUUGGCAGAGGUUUAUUGCACGGAUGUUAAUCAGCCUUUCAGAAAUGGAUCUACAGCUGUUUGAAAACAAAAAGAAUAUGAAGCCAAGGAACAGAAAGUCUGUGGUGUACAGUUUCACUGGAUACCAGAGGAAUCGAUGCAGCACCUUCAGAGUGAAGAGGAAUCAGACUAUAUACUGGCAGGAGGGGCUACUAGUCACAUUUGAUGGAGGCUACUUAAGUGUGGAGUCAUCAGAUGUCAACUGGAAGAAAAAGAAAAGCGGUGGAAUAAAGAUCAUCUGCCAGUCAGAAGUGAGAGAUUUUUCUGCUAUGGCCUUUAUCACGGACCAUGUGAACUCCCUGAUAGACCAGUGGUUUCCAGCGCUAACAGCCACAGAGAGUGACGGUACACUACUGAUGGAGCAGUAUGUUCCGUGUCAUGCGUGUGCACAAGUAACACGGGAAGAGGAGGGUGAGCAGAAUGACAUGCAGCCUUAUUACUUUAAUAUGGAAGACUGUGUUCUGGCAGCAGUGACCAAAGACUUUGUCCAGUGUCCCAAUCACCCGGAGAGCCCUGUGCCUCUACAGGAACUGGUGCCAGAGAUUUUCAUGACUGAUUUGCCUUCAAGGCUGGUCCUUGACAUUGGUGACCUAGAAUACUCUGAGGAGAAUACCAACAUACUUGGGCAGGGUGGCAGUGGCACUGUUAUUUAUAGAGCUGUAUACAAACAUAAGCCAGUAGCAAUAAAGAUGUUCCAGAUUAAGAAGUAUAAGAAUGCUCAGGAUGUUGCCGUAGACACAAUGUUUAAGCACCUACAAGCGAUGGAUGCCAUGCGCAAUUUCUCUGAGUUUCGGCAGGAGGCCAGUAUGCUCCACUCCCUGCAGCACCCCUGCAUUGUUUCUCUGAUCGGGAUCAAUAUCCACCCACUCUGCUUUGCCCUGGAGCUGGCACCUCUAGGGAGUCUCAAUACGGUCUUGGCUGAAAACAGCAGAGUGCCACCAUCGUUCAUGCCUCUUGGUCAUUUGCUAACACAGCGUGUGUCUUAUCAGAUUGCCUCUGGGCUUUCUUAUCUGCACAAGAAAAACAUUAUAUUUUGUGACCUGAAGUCUGAUAACAUUCUUGUAUGGUCUUUGGAUGUACGAGAGUGUUUGAACAUCAAACUCUCAGACUAUGGCAUAUCACGACUUUCCUUUCAUGAGGGAGCAUUAGGUGUGGAAGGAACUCCAGGAUACCAAGCACCGGAAAUUCGACCUAGAGUUGUAUAUGAUGAAAAGGUGGACAUGUUUUCCUAUGGAAUGGUUUUAUAUGAGCUGUUGUCAGGACAACGUCCAGCUUUGGGUCAACACCAACUACAGAUCUCAAAGAAACUCUCCAAAGGGAUCCGGCCAGUUCUCGGAAGUCCUGAAGAGGUUCAGUUCCACAAACUUCAGGAGCUAAUGAUGGAGUGUUGGGACACUAAGCCUGAAAAGCGUCCACUUGCCGCAGCCGUUGUCCGGCGCAUGAAUGAUCCCAGCUUUGCAGUCUUUAAGUACCAGCUACCAUCUGGAACACAGGAGAAGUUCUGCUCAUCCAGGGAACAAGAGAGUACAGUUGUGUUUUGGGCUGGAACAGGGGAAACUAGAAAUUACACUGUGGUGAAUGUAGACAAGGGGCUGGUGGAAGUCCAAGCCCUAAACUGCCCUGGGAUCAGAAUGUGCUGCCAGCUGAAAGUACAGAACACUAUGUGGGUUGCCACAGAGGAUCAGAAGAUAUCUCUAUACAGUCUCCAGGGCAUGUGUCCACUGAAUACCCCACAGAAGGUGUUGGACACUCCAGCAAUUGUGACCUGCUUCCUUACAGUGAAUGUGCAGCAGAGCUCAUGUUUGGUGUUUGCUGGCCUUUCAGACAGCCUGGUCUCCGUGUUCCCUGUGACUGGGGGGAUACCUAGUGCUUGCUCUUACAUCUGUUCACGCACUGCAAACAAAUCUUUGUUUAAAAUAGCAGAUGAUGAUGCCCGUCAGAACCCAUACCCAGUGUUGGCCAUGGAGAUCUCCAACAGCAACUCAGAACUUUGGUACAGUAAUGGACCUGGCAUUUUGGUGGUGGAUUGUGCAUCUCUUGCCAUUUUGAAGAGAUUGGAGCCCUUCAGCACACCAUCUGUUAUUGUAUCCAUGACCAGCAGCAUGGACUGCAAUGGCGAGGAGACAGUUUGGUGUUUGGACGAUAAAUCAAACUCUCUAGUCAUGUAUCAUACUACUUCCUAUCAGCUGUGUGCACGAUAUUUCUGUGGAGACUGCAGCCCUCUGAGGGACAUGUUUACAGUAAAGCCAUAUUCUGAACUUCCUCCUGUUAACUUGCCAGUGACAAACGGCGAUCAGUCUCCAACUUCCAUGAGCAUCUUCUACAGCCAGGACGUGGGGCUGCAGCUUCUUAGCCGCCAGGACUCUCUUACAGAUUAUUGCUCAGUGUCUUCUUUAUCCUCUUCCUCCAUUACUCAGGGGGCAGCCAAAUCUUCCUCCAGCUUGCCUAGCACCCCAGUCAGCUACACCAGUGUUCCAUUGUCAGUAGUCAGUGAACCUGACCUUACCCAGGAGCAGAGGCCCAGAAUUCCUAGCGAGAGCUGGGGGGCCAGAGCACCACCCUCAGAGGAGGAGAAGCUUCGUAUGCAAGCAGUCCAAGUCCUUGCUGUCAAAGAUUUGCUUUGGGUUCCCAGGUUUGGAGGUGACAUAAUAAUCAUUGGAUUAGAGAAGGAAUGCGGUAGCCAACGAGGACGUGUCAUUGCUGUCUUACAAACUGGCGAAGUGAAGCAUGAUAGGGUCCACAUGAUGGCUGCUGCUCUAUGCAAGGAUUCUGUUGUGUGUUGCUUACAAAGUGAGGAGCUGGGCUGGUACCUAUCAGUUUGGAGAACAUGGGGAUCUGAAGAGUUUAAUAUUUUCUAUAAUUCUUCUGAUGAACUGAGAAGACUUGAAGCUUGCAUGCGCAAGAGGAGGUAGCAUUAAACAAUGAGAUAACCCGCUUGUUAACCAUUUGUCCUGUCAACGUCACCUUGUGCUUCCAAUUACCUAAGGACUUCUUUUUAUGAAAUUAGAAAAUAACACAUUGGAGAGAGAAAUGUCAUUGUCUCUUUCUAAAGAUUGCACUUUACUUGUCCUCUAAAUGUUUCAACCACAGACCAUUGAUUCUGAAAAUGGAGGGGACAUUUUUUAAAAAGCAAAAAAGGGCAUGUGAGAGGUCACAUCAAGACUUGACGCUUUAUAUUAACUUUUUAUUGGUUUCAUCAGACCACUGUUCAUCUAUCAGUUGUCUUGCUGGCUUGAAAAGGUCAAAAUGGCGACUGUUUUUUUGUUUUAUUUUUUGUGGCUCGGAAUUUUAUUUCCAAUCCUCUCUCCUUGUUUAAACUGGAAAGCGUCUACUUUAAGGAGCCACAGACUUUAUCUGAGCCCCAGUUAAUCAUUUAUCAGUCACUAAGAUCCGCAAAGUUACUUCAUGCGUUUCCAGUUGGCAUCUAAGGGUUUAAAAUCAACUGCAUCUCCAUGUUUUGAACGCAUUUAAACACUACAGAGACUGAAUAUAUAACAUUUUAGCAGACUGUUCAGAUAUAUAAUUUGCUGAACUAUAGAAUGAAUAUAUUCAGAAAUGUCAUUGGAUGCUCUUUAGUUAAACCUAAACAGAAGGCACAAAUUUAGCCAGGAUAGAAGAGUAUUAAAUAAUCACUUGUACCUCAAAGUAAUGUGUAAUGCAACACCUGUUUUAUCUUUGCAAUAAUGUAUAAUUCAUAAAAUCCUACUUAAGUUAUUGCACAGACAAUCCCUUUUUUUUUUUUAACUAAUCUUUUAUGUUCAUGGCUAAACGAUGUUUGUAAACUAGUUAUAAAUGCUAAUACCCUAUACAUCAGCUUAUUUAUUAUACUAGACAUUGUUAUAGUGUUUUACUGCCAUCUACAAAAAUUGAUAAUCUAUAUAAUUUUAACCUUCUGCAGUAACUAACUUUUAGGGAUGGAGUUUCUUUGAUUUGACUUCACUCCGGUUACCUACAAUGUACCAAAAAAUUACAAACAUUUCUUAUAGGAAUUGCUUUUACCAAACAUCAGCUUUGCAACGUAUACUGGUUGUUUUGUAUAGUUCAAAUGUAAAUGUGUAUAUAAAUUACUUUCUUCUAUUUUAUCACUAGAAAUAUUAUUUAAACAUUAAACAUAAUACUGCCAAACCGUAUAUUUAGCGUCUUUUUAAGCCAUUUGUUUCCUACACAAUCUAGUAUCUUGUCAUUCUUGGGGAAAUAAAAAAUUAUAAUUAAUCUAAUGUAACAAAUAUUCAUCAAGGAGGCAGCAGAGCUGUAGAACUUGGUGUUUAAAAAGGGGACUCACCGUGUAUCUGUUUCAUGUCUUGUAAAGUUCAUAUUCAAUAAUGUAUGUAUAUAUAUAUAUAUAUAUAUAUAUAUAUAUACCUUUGUUGUAUAGAAUUAAUAUACUGGCAAGAUUUUACUUAUUUUCAGAUUGUUUUUAUAAUAUGCCAUAUAACAUAUUACAUUAUCAUAGCAAAAGACCACAUGUAGAUAUAUAAGCCAUGUUUAGUAUGAUUUUGUAUAGCUAGCUGUAUAUAUUAAUGCUACGGACAGGUAAAAGUCAUUUGCUGCCACAUUCCUCAUAUAGGAAGGUUCAUUUUUAGCCUCAUACAGUAAAGACUUUUGUUUUUGAUGUAUCAAUGAAGAUGUCACUAAUAUGUACAUAUAUGGUAUUUAUCUUUUUUUGUAAAUUUAUGUAUCUUAUUAAAAAUAAAAGUCUUAUCACAUUGUUCACAAUAUCACAGUUAUUUUUAGCAAUACAUUCUUCAUGAAAAACUAUAUUGAAAAAAGAGCCUUAGAAACAAAGUUCUACUUAAAUAAUUGUGUAUUGUAUAAUAAAAUGAAACAUGUUGAGAGAGAAUAAAAUAUACCAUCUUGA